AUGUAUCCAAGUGGAGGCAACAACUACCAAUACGCUAAUCAAUAUGGAGCUCCAUCCAAAUCUCCACCACCUCUCCAACAUCCUGUACCUCAACAUCCCAUUCCAGAUUUCGGUACAGCUGUUCGUCAAUCCUCUACACCUUCUCCAGGUUUGUCCCAUCUUCAAGCACAACAGCAACAACAACACUAUCAAUAUAACCAAUCUCAACAACACCAACCCAUGAUGCAACAAUCGCCACCACAGCAAUAUCAACAGCAAAAGAUGCAUCAAGCGUAUGAUCCAAAUGCGUAUACUCCUCAACCUCAAAUGCAAUCACCACCACAGCCAAAUAGUAAUCUUUAUUCUCAGUUUGGUUUCAAUGAUCCUGCUGCUCAAAUGGGUAUGCAGUUUGCUGGAAGCGCUAUGGCGCAAGGUUCUGCCUAUGUUGAAAAGAAUUUUAAUCGAUGGGUGAAUAUGCCUGCACUGAGGCAUUACUUUAAUGUCAGUAAUUCCUAUGUCAUGAGUAAAUUGCGACUCUUGUUGUUUCCUUGGAGAAACUCUUCUUGGAAUCGCUUAAUAAUGAGAUCAGAAACGGGUCAAAUGGAAGGGUUCAAACCACCCAGAGAGGACAUCAAUUCACCUGAUUUAUAUAUUCCUGUGAUGGCUGUAGUGACAUAUGUCUUACUCUGUGGAUUAACUGCUGGUCUUCAUAAAAACUUCCACCCUGAAAUGCUGUAUGUUGCUGUGUCUACCUCAGUUGCUGUUGUGUUUUGGGAAAUUGCCUACACUAGAUUAGGCUGCUAUUUCUUGAGCAUUCCAUUUGAAGCCUCUAUGCUCGAUCUACUAUCUUAUUAUGGCUACAAGUUUGUUGGCAUCAUCGUCACUGAUAUUGUCAGGUUGAUUGGUGGAAGUGGGUAUAUUCCUUGGCUUGUGUUCUUUUACACUGGUUUGUGUGUCAGCUUCUUUUUGCUUCGUUCGAUGAGAUAUGUUAUUUUGCCUGAUGCUGCAGCUGGACCUUCCACAAUGAAUCCUCAGCGUAAGAGACGUUUGUGGUUCUUGCUUACCAUCGCAGCUCUUCAAAUUGUCUACAUGUUCUUCCUUGUAAACUAA